AUGAGCACCAUUUCAGGUGAAAAAUGUGUGCCAGGAUACUUUAUAGCUCCACUCUUCAUGACGGUGUUCAUGCUGAUUUCCAAUGUUUUGCUGAUGAAUACAAUGGUAGCAUGUGGCACUUACGUAUUCGAGCACAAUGUAGAGAACACUCAGGAAAUUUGGCUUUUCGAACGAUACAGUCAGGUAAUGGAAUAUGAUAGUACGCCAUUCAUUCCACCUCCAUUCACGAUAUUCUACCAUGCAUUCUGGUUUUUUCGUUGGAUGCGAGUGCGAAAGUUUUCCAGAAACAAUCUUCUUGAUGCCUCAUUAAAGCUCUUUUUGAGUGAGGAGCAAAUUGAGAAGAUUCAUUCAUUCGAAGAAGAGUGUGUAGAAGAUAUGGAAAGGGAGAAGGACAUACUGAAGCAGAGUUCAAAUGAUGAGCGAAUCCAUCACGUAGCCGAGCGUUCAGAUCAAAUCUUGAAUAGGUUUGUAUAG